AGCUACAGGUGCAUCAUGCGGGCGGGGUCCGAAUGUGGAGGUUCCGGACGGAGUUAGCGGUUGAUCUACGGAGAAAGCUGUUAGAAUAUCAGUCACUUUGACCAAAGCAAUCUCAUCCUAAGAAAGUUUAGUUUUGGGAACUUCCUCUUAAAAAUAAACGUCGACAAAAUGGAAGAGAGAACCCCUUUACUACACUACCGCCUGGCCACCAGCUUUGCACCCAACCCUGUGGAUGUGUCCGAGGGGGCCCGGCUGCUGUCGGCCAAAUACGCUCCACGGUCCGCGUCCCCGAAGCUGGGGGUGAUGUUUGGAGUGGUCAUACCGACUUUACUGUCCAUGUUUAGCGUCGUGCUGUUCCUGCGAAUUGGAUUUGUUGUGGGUCAGGCAGGGCUAUACCAGUCCAUCACCAUGUUUGUGGUUGCCUACUUUAUCAUCACAAUGACCGUUCUUUCCAUUUGUGCCAUCUCAACUAAUGGGGCCUUAGAGGCUGGUGGUGCAUACUACAUGAUUAGUCGAGCCCUAGGUCCUGAAUUUGGCGGUAGUAUUGGCAUCAUGUUUUUUCUUGCUAAUGUCUGUGGCUGUGCCCUGUAUAUUUUGGGCUUGGUGGAGGCCAUCAUGUUUACCUUUGGAAUGCCAGAAGAGAGCACUGCAGCGUUUACAGGUAUUCAUCAGAUGUUGCCAUCAGGAUAUUGGUGGUGCCUGCUUUAUGGUACCAUCCUCCUAUUUCUGUGUUUUGUGGUCUGUUUGGUUGGAGCCCAUAUCUAUGCCAAAGCUACCUUUAUUAUUUUUAUCAUCGUCCUGACUGUUCUGGCUUCAGUCUUCACCAGUUUUUUCAUUAUGGGGCCCACUGUGGUGAUUCUACCAGAAGCAUCUCUAAGCAACAGUACAAGCAGAAGGACUGCUAACUAUACUGGACUCUGGCUCAGCACAUUGAAGGGCAACCUGUUCUCUAAUUACACUGUUGACUACACCACUGGUGGCGUGAUGAAUUUUGCCCGAGUAUUUGCAGUCUUGUUUAACGGCUGCACCGGAAUCAUGGCAGGCUCCAACAUGUCAGGUGAUCUCAAAAACCCCAGCUACUCCAUCCCAAGAGGAACGCUUGCAGCUGUUCUUACAACCUUCAUCGUGUACAAUCUGCUGAGUCUGCUGGCUACAGGAUCUUGUGACCGUUACCUUCUCCAGAGAGACUACAGCUUUCUGGGAGACAUCAAUGUAUGGCCUCCCAUGGUGACAGUUGGUAUCUACUCCUCCACGAUGUCUGCUGCAAUGAGUAACCUUAUAGGAGCUUCCAGGAUCCUGUAUGCUCUGGCUAAAGAUAACUUGCUGGGUGGUGUCCUGGCGCCGGCGAGGAGGACAUCUCGCAGUGGGAACCCCUGGGUUUCUGUGCUUGUCUCCUGGUUGCUUGUACAGGUGGUGCUGUUUGCUGGCAAAUUGAACACCAUAGCUGGCAUUGUGACAAUCUUCUUCUUGUUGGUGUAUGCUGCUGUAAAUCUGGCCUGCUUGGCACUUGAAUGGGCAUCUGCACCAAAUUUCAGACCAUCUUUUCGUUGUUUCACAUGGCACACCUGCACUCUGGGCAUCUUUGGCUGUCUAGUUAUGAUGUUCUUGAUCAGUUCCAUUCAUGCUUUUGCCAGCAUAGCAUUUAUGCUGCUUCUCUGGAUGCUCAUACACUACCUGGGGCCCAUCAGCAAUUGGGGCUACAUCAGUCAAGCUCUCAUCUUCCAUCAGGUGCGCAAGUACUUGUUGCUGCUGGAUGUGCGGAAGGACCAUGUGAAGUUCUGGAGGCCACAGGUGUUGUUGAUGGUCGGAAACCCUCGCAGCUGUAUGAGUCUUAUGACUUUCAUCAACGACCUGAAAAAAAGCGGCCUGUAUGUCCUAGGACAUGUGAAGCUUGGGCUGCUUGAUAGUUUGCCAACUGAUCCCCUGCAGAGCUGUUAUGAUUCCUGGCUGUCCUUAGUGGAUCAUUUAAAAAUCAAGGCUUUUGUGAAUCUAACUCUGGCUGACUCUGUUCGGCAUGGAGUUCAGAAUCUGCUGUUCAUCUCAGGCUUUGGUGGAAUGAGGCCAAACACUCUUGUUUUGGGUUUUUACGAUGAUUGCGCACCUGAAGAUGGCCUCAACAGUCAACUUUUCCCAUCUUUAAGCUUUGGCUCUGACGUGGUGUGUCCAACUGCAGACUCUGGGGAGCAGAGCUCCUUCUUUCCAAGUGUACGGAGGUCUGAAGAAUCCAAAUACCUUCAGGAAGAGGAAUAUGUUUCUAUUAUUGCUGAUGCUGUUAAAAUGGGAAAGAAUGUGGCUCUGGCUCGUUAUUUUAAUCAGUUCAGCCGGGAGGACGUCUUGGGCCACCAAACCUCAGCUGGACAAUUUGUAGACGUAUGGCCUCUGAACCUGCUUCAUCCAGACAGCCACGGAUAUGUGAACAUCUGCUCCCUGUUCCUGCUACAGCUGGCCUGUGUCCUUCAUGAAACCCGGGCCUGGAACCAGGCAAGACUUCGCCUCUUCCUGUGUGUGGAGGCAGGCUGCACGCUGCCAGAAGAUGAGGAGAUGAAGCUCCGGAAGAUGCUGAAGGAACUUAGAAUAUCAGCUCAUGUCCAAACGGUGGUUUGGGACCAGGUUGUGGCAAUGCACUGGCAGAGACGAGGAGGGAGAGAAGAGGAAGAUUUCUUACAAAAUGAGAGGUCAAGACAAGGUGAGGAUCAAGAUGGCACGCAAAUGUUCCCAAAUAAUACUUCUCAUUUGACAGAUGAAUAUAUCUGUGCCGUCAACAAUCUGAUUUGUCGCCAUGGCUCUCCCAAGCCAGCUGUGCGGUUCUUAUAUUUGCCCCACCCACCGGCAGAUAAAAGAUAUUAUCAUGUCUACCUUCAUCAAGUGGACUUGUUAAGUAGGGACCUCGGCCCAACACUGCUCAUCCAUGGAAUCACUCCUGUUAUCACUACAGACUUCUAAUAUUUUAACAGCAUCUCUUAAAAUUAAUAAAGUUGAAUAAUUUAAAGGCAUUCAGAAACAAUUUGAUGUAUACAAUUUCUUAGAUUAAUCCUGCUGACUUUUAUUUUGAAAACUUCUUUUUGGGGUUUUAAGCAUCAUUUAAACUAAAAUGACAUAUAUUUCCUAAUUUGUAGAAUAGGAGCAAAGAUCCUGGUGUCUUCAUGUGCAUUUGUGUAUAAGCUUAUCUUUAAGCCUUUGUUCGAAAUUUGUCGCAACAGGGUGUGGGCUUGAUGAUUGUGUUCUGACUUUUUGUUCAUGUUUAAUAUUAAAAUGAAUUCUCAAAAGUU